CCCGCAUUCACUAUAUCAGAUCUCCCCGGACCCUGCAUUCACUAUAUCUGGUCCCCCAGGACCCUGCAUUCACUAUAUCUGGUCUCCCAGGACCCUGCAUUCACUAUAUCUGGUCUCCCAGGACCCUGCAUUCACUAUAUCUGGUCUCCCUGGACCCUGCAUUCACUAUAUCCGCUCUCCCCGGACCCUGUAUUCACUAUAUCUGGUCCCCCAGGACCCUGCAUUCACUAUAUCUGGUCUCCCAGGACCCUGCAUUCACUAUAUCCGCUCUCCACGGACCCUGCAUUCACUAUAUCCGGUCUCCCAGGACCCUGCAUUCACUAUAUCCGGUCUCCCCGGACCCUGCAUUCACUAUAUCCGGUCUCCCCGGACCCUGCAUUCACUAUAUCUGGUCUCCCAGGACCCUGCAUUCACUAUAUCCGCUCUCCACGGACCCUGCAUUCACUAUAUCCGGUCUCCCAGGACCCUGCAUUCACUAUAUCCGGUCUCCACGGACCCUGCAUUCACUAUAUCCGCUCUCCACGGACCCUGCAUUCACUAUAUCUGCUCUCCCCGGACCCUGUAUUCACUAUAUCUGCUCUCCCCGGACCCUGUAUUCACUAUAUCUGGUCUCCCACAGUACACACAACAUGGAAAUGCAAUUAUUUUAGUAAAUAUAAACUGCUAAAUACCUUUUCUCAUCAGCAGUAUAUAGCAGUCUUGUGUCUAGCAGGGAACUGGUUAAAGCUUGUAGGAGGAGUUUUCAUUCUCCCCUAUGAGACUGCAGGACUCCUGACCCUUUGU